GGCAACCGGAGGGGAUAAGAAGUCGAAGAGGGGCGGGGCUUUGUAGCGCAAGCGCUCGGUGGUCCGAGUGUUGUGGGUUGGAGGCUGUUGCUGAGGGGCGAAACAUGGCGACGAAGACGGCCGUGUCCGGGACGAAGACGGCCGUGUGCGUCCUGGCCGGGGACAGCAAAGUCACAGGCGUCGUUCACUUUGAGCAGAAGGAUGAUGGGCCAGUAGUUAUUUCAGGACAUAUUAACUGCUUGGCUCCAGGAAAGCAUGGUUUUCAUGUCCAUGAAUAUGGAGACUACACAAAUGGAUGUAUCAGUGCAGGUGCUCAUUUCAAUCCUGAAAACAAAACACAUGGUGGGCCAGAGGAUGAAGAGAGGCAUGUUGGGGAUCUUGGAAACGUGACUGCAGAUGCCUCUGGUGUGGCAAAAUUGGCAAUACAGGACCAUAUGAUCUCUCUCUCAGGACCACAUUCAAUUAUUGGGCGUAGCAUGGUGGUUCAUGAAAAAGAAGACGACUUGGGUAGAGGAGGAAAUGAGGAAAGCUUGAAAACUGGAAAUGCUGGUGCUCGUCUAGCUUGUGGUGUGAUUGGGCUUGCAAAGGCUUAGCGCUUCAGUGCUAAAAGCAUUUAAUAUGAUACCUGUGAAAUUAAACUUCUGUUGUUGAUUAGGGAAAAAAUUAAUCAUUUAAUUUCAUUGCUGUGUUAAAUGGAAUUUAAGCUGACAGGUUUACUUUAUAUAUCUUGUAAUUAAAGUAACAAUGAAACAUUA